AUGCAGUGCGGCAGCUGCAGCAGCAGCAGCAACGAGGACUCUGCAGCAGCAACUGGGCAUCAGCAGCAACAGCAACUGCACCAACAAACGCAACACUACCAGACGCAGCAGCAGCAGCAGCAACAGCAGCGCAAGCAGCAAAAGAGCAGCAGCAACAACAGCAGCAGAGCAGCAGCAGCUGCAGCAACUGCUGUAGAGCAACAGCAGCAGCAGCAACCGCCACCAAAGCAACAGCAGCGGCAGCAACAGCAGUAG